GGGUUGAGAGAGCGUGGGAACAGAAAGAGGGAAGAGAAGAAAGGAAAAGGUCGUUUCCUCACUGCUCUUUUAUAUCGGUCGGACGCCUUCAAUUGCACUUUACUCUCCAUGUGUCAUUGAGAAAUAGGCCGAUCUGCGGGGCGAGGGACCGUCUCGGGACUGCCAACUCUAAAGCAAAGUUUUGGUGGCGAAACGUGAGUCGUGUUGACGAGUCUUGACAAAACAACCACGGCUGAUCAAGGUUCAACGGGAUCAACGGGACCACCAGGAACAGUGGGAUCGACACUCGAGGACAACGGGAACCACGGAUGCGGAUGCAGGAAGACAUGUCAUGACACUGCGCAUCAUCCACCGGCACCAUCGACUGCAGCAUCUCCAUCUCUCCCCCCACUCCAAUGUCUUCCUUGGAUCCCUCUUCUUCGUCCAAGCCCAUGUUCACUCCUGGAGGCACCACCAGGCCGCCCUGACAGGACAACAGAUCAGACCGUUCUUCUUCACGUCCUCCUAUCGAUCUAACCAUCUCGCACUUACACAGUCAGAUUCAAUACCAUCAUCCGAUACUCCUACGCCAUCACAAACAGUGCGACUUCGCAUCGAUUCAGCAGGACACAAGCGAAACAGCUUGUCCUGGACGCCUGAAGCCGACUCAAUCCUUCUCGACCUCCGUGCAAAAGGCCAGACCUGGGCGCAAAUCGGGGAGGUCCUCGGCAAGUCUCGUCAAGCCUGUAAUCGCCGAUUCGAUUCUGUCAUCGACCCCAACAACGGAGCCUCCUUCUGGACCCUUCAUCCCGAAAAGAACCAUGCCCUCAAACAGCUCGUAGCCGAGGGACAGGGCUGGAAGCACAUUGCAGAUCAAUUGGGGACCAAGGCCUCUGCAUGCGAAAAGCAAUGGAGACUCCUGGAACGUGAGCGCAUUCUGGCAGAGGAACUUGUGAACAAGGAACGAAGCCAGGACACGACAACGCUUUCGGAGGAGAGAUUGAGACAUCGAUUUAGAACUGCGGACGUGCAUUUGCUCAAGAAGGCCGUGGCUGAACGUGGAUCUGAUCAAUGGGACUUAAUCGCGACUGAUAUCUUCGAAUCAAGGUAUACUGCCGCCUAUUUACGAUAUCAACAUGCCAGGCUAGAACGCAUGCGGAGGGUUUGGACCGAGCAGCAGGAUCGCGAUCUUUAUCAAGCAAUGACAGAUUGGCACAGUCGCAAACGACUACCGACGGCAGUAGCGACAUUUCAAUCGGUAGUAGACACUCUGACGCAGAGCGAGUGGGACACAGUGGCGCGUAGUUUGACAGGAGAACACACGGCCCUAGAGUGCAGGGAACGAUGGCUCAGGAUGCAGUUGAAAGGAACAAGGCAGCGUAAAAGUCUUCUCGAUACCACAUCGACCGACAAUACCGUGAAAUCGAUGACUUCAGUAACGAAGCAGGGGGGGAAACGGGAGAUAUGGACCGCGGAGCAAAGUCAACGACUCGUAUCUAUCAUUAAGAGCAUGGAGAAUCUCGAGGGCGGAGUGCUCGAGUGGGACAAGAUCUCGAAACGAAUGAAUGGCGAGUUCACGAAAGUGCAGUGCAAGUCUCGCUGGACCCGCAUGAUGAAACAGGCCCAGUACUCAAGUACCGGACCUUGGGAUGAGGAGGAGAUCGAGAACUUGAUCAGGGGAGUGGUAGAAAUGGGCGAUAAAUGGACUGAGAUCAGUCGUAAAUGGGUUCCUGGACGGACACCGACAUAUGUCCAAGCCAAGUGGAAAUCGAUCGCAAGCAAGCUGAAGAAAGAGAUGGUGAUCCGGAGAUGGACAUGGCAGCAAGUCUGCGUGGAGACCUUUGGAGAAACGAGCGGCAAAGUACUGGGCGAGUUAUCUUCUAGUCGGCCACACCUAUGUGCAAUACCUGAACAACAAAUCCACUUUGAAAAUAAAGGAUAAUAAUGGAUAAUCGAG